UUAGCCCAAACACCCCCGAGAAUCAAGCAAACCAUUUCACGUACUACUGGUGUGUGUUUUAAUUUUCACUCCGAUUGAGUUCAUCAAUGGCCGACGAAGCUCCGAAUUCAGAAACCCCACCACAAAAUGCCGAACAAGCUUCGGUCGAAGCAACCAUCGAAUGGAACGCUGAGGGAGGCACAGAGUCUUCUUGCGACAACAUCAAUCUCCAAACUUCCACUCUCACCACCUCUGACGGGGACCGCGAGAAAUCGUUGGAGUACGCGGACGAGUUGAUGGAGAGAGGCUCGAAGGCUUCCAAGGACCACGAUUACAGCGAGGCCACCGACUGUUACAGCCGUUCCCUAGAAAUCAGGGCUGCUCAUUAUGGGGAACUUGCUCCUGAAUGUGUUAACUCAUAUUAUAAGUACGGGUGUGCACUACUGUACAAAGCUCAAGAAGAGGCUGAUCCAUUGGGUGCUGUGCCAAAGAAAGAGGGUGAAUCUCAACAGUUCUCUGAUAAAGAUGGAUCUGUUAAAAAUGCAGUAAUUGGUGAAUCAUCUUCGGCUUCUGUUUCUGGUAAUGUUGAACUAGAAGGGAGUUCAAAGCCUCAGGAAGGAGCUGCUGAUGAUGUUUCUGGCGGGAAGGAUCAGGAAGAAAAUGAUGAGGAAAGUGAUACUGAGGACCUGCCUGAGGGAGAUGAGGACGAAUCCGACCUGGAUUUGGCAUGGAAAAUGCUGGAUGUUGCAAGGGCAAUUGUUGAAAAACACUCAGGUGACACAAUGGAGAAGGUGGACAUAUUGUCAGCCUUGGCCGAAGUUGCUCUGGAAAGAGAGGAUGUUGAAACUUCCCUCAGUGAUUACCUGAAAGCACUAGCUAUUUUGGAACGCCUGGUCGAACCAGACAGUCGGUAUAUAGCUGAACUAAAUUUUAGGAUAUGUUUGUGUUUGGAGAUUGGGUCAAAAGCUGAGGAAGCCAUUCCAUAUUGCCAAAAGGCUCUAUCAAUUUGCAAGUCUAGAGUGCAGCGGCUUAUGAAUGAAUCAAAGAUUUUGUCAGAAUCAACAGCGACAUCUAUUGUUUCAGAAUUGGACCAAACAGUCCAACUCUCUUCAAAUGGUUCCCAGUCUAAUGAUUCUGUUACAGAUAAAGAGGCAGAGAUUGAAACACUCACUGGCCUAUCUGAUGAGCUGGAAAAGAAGCUUGAAGAUCUCCAGCAGCUUGUUUCGAACCCAACAUCUAUCCUCUCUGAUAUCCUGGGGAUGAUUUCUGCCAAAGCAAGAGGAACCAAUAAAAAUGCCCCUUCAGUUAUGAGUACUUCAAAUCUGGGCGUUGCUAGCAGCAGUGGAGAUCUCAAUUCUCCUACUGUUUCCACUGCUCACACAAAUGGGGCUGCUGCUGGAGUAACACAUCUUGGCGUGGUGGGAAGAGGGGUCAAACGAGUGUCGAUGAGCUCGGCAGGUGCAGCGGAAUCGGCAGGUACAGCAGAAUCAAGCCCGAUGAAAAAACCUGGACUAGAUCCAACACCAGAUAAAGGUGAUGGCAAGGGCUGUUGAAUGUUUUUCAUUCCAGGGAUCUGUGCUUCGAUGCUUCCUAGGAUAAACCGUUGCACAUUUUGAGGCCACAACUCUUCCUUCGAUGCUGAUUUUUUUUCUUCCCUUUUAGUAGUUGUUUGUAUUUGAGAUCUUUAUGAUAGUUCUUUUGUACUAGGACUACUGGCGGACUGAUGCUAUGUAAGGGGAAAAAUUAAAGACAUUUAAUUUAAGUUAUAUUGAGUCUGUUUUGGGGUAUGAAUUUGGACAAGGAAAGAAAAAAUGUGUGUGAAAUAUAAGUGAAAUGUAAUUAUAAUUUGGCAUCA